GCGUUCUGUCUCUACGUAUUUUUCUCUCUUCUCUUUUCGACCUCUCAUUCCCUUCCUCUCCUCUCUCUCUUCCUCGUCUCUAACCCUCUCCCCCUACUUGUCCAACCCACCCUUUUCUUCCCUUCCCUUUCCCUUCUCUGCUUCGUUCAUACAUAUUUGUUCCCCUGCUGAUACUGUCCCCGCUGUUUCUUUCUUUCUUCUCUCUUUCACUUUAUUCUCACGCGGGCUUUCGGGCUUCUGGAAAGUCGUAUCAUACUUUUAUUUUAUUUUAUUUUUAUUCCUUUGACGCGCCGUGUACUGUACUGUACCCUACGUGCGCGAGCACAAGUACCAUAUAAUACGGUAGACUUUAACUGUGCUGCUCUUGCUUAGUCCCUCCCCGAAAUAGGUCAGACAAGCCUCGUUGCGCUUGGCCCCCCCCUUGUACGCCCUACUGUACUCGUACAGAACUUGACUUCCCGUAAACUCGACGCCUCCAAUCCCUCUCAGCCGUUCCCGCUCUCUUUCUCCAAUUGUUUUUCCUGUUCUCUCUUCCACCGUCAUUCUUUCAAUCAACAAGCCUCUCCUCUCAUUGCGGGGCUUCUGGACCACCUCUUCUUCUUCCAGCCUUCUUCACUUCCUCUCCCUAUAUACUGGCGGGCAAUUAUACAGUACGAAGGGCACUUGCCUCCCGGGAUCAUCUUUUUUCACAUCUAUUAUUGUUAUUAUUAUUAUUACUAUUAUUACUAUUAUUAUUAUCCAUCUCGUUACUUUAUUAUUAUUUUAAUUUCUCCUUUCUGCUCGGAAUAGCUCCUUGAGGUUGUCAAACUGUCGAGGUUCGAGCCCUCGAUUGUCGGUGCUGAGAUGCUGAGCUUUAGGAGGGCAAUUGUGUUGUCCGUUUUCCUGUUAUUCUGUAUCUUCUACUUGUACCCACGAAGCCCUCGAUCCCCUCACGAGGCGGAACCCACACCCGGGCACCAUAAUUCUGGACACAAAGGAGCGGGUCAAGAACCAAAGGGGAGGAUACCGUCAAGGCCACACAUUCCCAAGGAAGCUAAGCAGCAACAGCAGUUAUCGUUAGCCGAGAUCAGAAACCUCCCUGUGACGGAGCAACUUGCCUAUCAGUUCCCCUACCAGGUGUCCUCAAAAUUCCCCGCGUACAUCUGGCAAACGUGGAAGUUUACACCCGCGAGUCCGGAUUUCGAGGAGAGGUUCCGUAUUACGGAAGCAAGUUGGACGGAAAAGCACCCGACAUUUGUCCACGAGGUGAGUGUUGUCAGAAUGAUCAGUUUUUUUCGUGUCUUUCGUUAACCCGUACAUCCUUCAGGUUAUCACCGACCUUGUCGCAAAAUAUCUCAUCGAGCACCUGUACUCGGCGGUCCCGGAUGUCCUUGAGGCCUAUCGAGCUCUUCCGCUUCCCAUACUCAAGGCUGAUUUUUUCCGCUACCUUAUUCUCCUUGCUCGUGGCGGUAUCUAUUCUGAUAUCGACACUCUGGCCUUGCAGCCUGCCCCGGAUUGGAUUUCGUCGAACUUCAAACUCAAUCAAAUCGGACUCGUCAUUGGGAUUGAAGCUGACCCAGAUAGGCCCGACUGGGCGGAUUGGUACUCCCGUAGGGUACAGUUUUGCCAAUGGACAAUUCAGUCAAAGCCUGGACAUCCGGUGUUGAGAGAAAUUGUAGCUAACAUCACCAUGGAGACAUUGCGGAGGAAGAAGGCUGGAAAGCUCCAGGGGGACCACAAUAGCGUUAUAGAAUGGACAGGACCUGCGGCUUGGACUGAUGCUAUCUUCGGGUAUUUCAACAAUCCGAAAUACUUUGACAUGAGCUCGUCAAAGGGCGAAAUUUCAUGGCGGAAUUUUACUGGAAUGGAGGAGCCUAAGAAGGUUGGGGAUGUCGUCGUAUUACCGAUUACGAGUUUCUCUCCGGGAAUUGGCCACAGCGGAGCGAAGGACGAAGACCACCCCAUGGCAUUCGUUAAACAUGAAUUUGAGGGUACCCUUAUUCCGUAGCAUAGCCCCUUGUGUGACUUCGGAGCUAACCCCACUGUCCCAGGUUCGUGGAAACCGGAGUCCGAACGUGUGGUAACUCCGGUAGAGGAAGCACAAGAGCAAGCAGGCCAGUAGUAAAUUGCGAAUCUCUACAAUUCAUCCGAAAAGCGAUUGGAACAAGCCAACCUUACGAUUUCUAUGAAAAAUUUGGGGCAAGAUUGACCCGUUGUUUUCCCCGGAAAAGAAAGAGCGAAGUGGAGUGAACGGGAGAAGGGAAAAGGAAAAGAAAAAAAAAUAGCAUGGUAGCAUAUAGACGGCGGACGGAAGGGUUAUUCCUUGUUUACUUUUCCUUUUCCAUUUUUCUUCUUCCAUCAUUCUCUUGAGCAGUUGAGGAGUCGUCUUCCCGGCGAAGAUCAAGAUCUUGCUUGAGAAACCGAUUCGGAGCGGUCUCUGGGUGCUGAGUACUGUGCUCUUAGCAGUAAGACACAUUCGUUCACAUCCUUUAUUCGCCUCAUUUGGCAGGGUUAGAGAGGGAGGGAGAGAGAAAAAAGGUAUCAACAGAUUUACACUUGUUUGUUUCAAAAGGCGUUGUUUUACUUUUUCACUUGUACAAACUUUUUUCCCAACCUCUCUAUCUCUUCCCCCUCUCCAUUGUAUACAUGUCUCGGGGGGUUUGAUGGAUGGCGUUUUUUCUUCUUUCCUUCUUCCCAAUAGUAUAUUCUUGUUGGUUAUUUGUUUGACUAUUUCUUUUUCUUCUGCCCCCCUCCACCUCAGCGUCUAGGUAUGGUAAACCUGGAUUCGUGCAGAAAUGCAAAUGCAAUUAUAACGAAUGGCAUUGGUGUCCCCGGUUGAGUCACCUGAUUUUAUGUGACUCGUGGCGUAUCAGUGCUUGGUGUGCCGAGUGAUUACUGGUGAACAGCCUUCAGGACGACGCCUGAAAGUUACUGUGACCCAGUCUUUGUGAUCCGACUCUAGUAGGUCCGUUACAUCCAUCUAUCCGAUCCGAUCGACCAAGCCUUACCCAUCCCUGGUGCUGGCUAAAAUGUAUGCCCGCAGCUGGAAUGCUGUACUCGAUCCGUUCUCCCUUCCCCCCAUGGGCGUGCAUUCGCAUAGGGUUGCCGGUGCUCGAGUAUUGAGGGGCUAAUAGGCGGUUCACCUCACUCCCCCACAAACCAACCAACCAUUUAUCCAUCCAUCCCCACAUCACCCAGCUAACCGAUGGACUAACCAAGUGCUAAUGGAGAGAAGAAAAAAAGGAGCUGUCCGUUUUAUAGAAAAAAAACCCGAAAGGAGAAAAAAAAUCGAUAUAGAAAAAAAUCGGACCCGGGAAAAACCAACCAACAACUCAUUCAUCCAUUCAUUCCUCCGCCAUCCUCAACUUUCUAGAGAGCAACUUAUCAACCUCGAGUGUCCGCUCAUCCCACUCGGCAAAGCACUCGUUAACCCCCUCGACCCCAAGGAGGUACCACCUCUCCAGCAAGGCUGCACUGCGUCUCCUCAACUCGGCGAUCUCCCGCGCCUGCGUCUGCUGCAUAAUCUCUGUGCGGUUGAUGCGGGGAAGAAGGGCGAUGAGGUCGGCGGAUACGUUGGGGUCAGGGAUCGGAGUGUCUCGGAUCGAGGUCAAUUGAGAGGAGGUAGCAUGUAUGGAUGGAGCAGCGGUGAGGGCUGUGGAUAGCUUCUCGCAGGGAGUCAGGGUUGACGACGAGGAUGAGGAGGUUGCGUGAGGAUGAGUUUGUGCGGCUUUGAAGAUUUCGGGGCAGUUUUUGUCUGCUGUUUGUCAACGGGUCGGCGUGGAGUGGGGAAGGGGAGGAGGAGUGGCUGACGUAGAUCAAUCAUUUCCUUCACGGUGGUCGACUUCCUGCAUAAUUUGGCCAGGUCGUGUUCCAGUGCUGCCAACCGGGCGUGCACGGAAUUCUCUCGUCCGGCGUUUCGGAGGGCGAAGAGGUCGCUGACGGGGUCUUCGCUUGUGCCAGAAAGGACGAACUCGAUUCGGCGUAAGCGAGUUUCUAGCGAGCGGACCGUUUCUUCCGCCACCUUGUCGAGGGUGUUGGCCAUUCUUUUCCCCCUUCCCUUGUUCCUCUUAAUUCGGGGUUCGCUUUCUUUCUCCUCUCUCUCUCUCCCUUUCCUUUUUCUUUGCUUGCGGUUAAAUUGUAGGGGAAAUGGCUAGGAUAAGUAGCCGUGCAAUAGUAGCGGGGGAGAACGGGGAAGGGAAGGCGGGAUGGAUUGGGUGGAUUGAUAGAUAGAAAGAGCUUGUUGGUUGU